AUGAUGGCGCAACAUGUUGGCCGUCCGUUCACAGUACAGCCGGCGAUUCUUUUACUACUUGUUCACGCGCUCGUUGCACAGUUAGCGAAUAACGGCAAUAACGCCUCGGCUACGUCCAGCAAGGUAGCCGAGAUCGUCGCUAACGACAGCGGCACCGAUCACUGGCACGACGACACGUCGUUCACGACGCUUAACGCACAAACCACGAUAAUCUCGGCGCGCAUGGUAACGGUGUCGGAAUUGUUGGCGUUGUCAGUGCCUGUCAAGCCCUCCACCGACUUCCUUUUCAUCGAGUUUCGCGGCACCAGACUCAGUCAUGCCGACGUCGCUCUACGAUGGUCGCCGUGGCCGCGUGGUGAGUGCCCACACCACCCAGACAACACGCUGGACGUGGUGUGGACGUCGCGUAUGGCCAACCGCGGGAUCUACCAAUUUCGCAUCAAACCCGACCCGUCUAUCGCCGUCAUCUAUUUUUGUCUGAAAAACGGCACGGACGAGAUAUGGAGAAGACUCGACGAACAUACCUCGAUAGAAUUUCCGGUACGAUCCGAAAAAUCUCGUCAUACACGACGUUUCGAUAUGCUCGUCCAGCCUGAUGACUCCGAAACCUCGCAAAACGACACGGACACGCAUAUCGAAGGCCUACGGGUGGAGAUGGCCGACAAGGAGCCCAGUUACAGUGACGAGGGAAUUCCCGAGAUUCUGGUCGGCACCAAGGCGGUGAUCCGAUUAUUUGGCACUGGUAUCACGAAAGACACGUUAAUCACCUUCACCGACGUGCCGGCUAAGAGAGGCACUGUUUGCGACAAAAUCAAGAGCAACGAAUUUCGUGUGGAAAAAAUAGAAGGGAGUACAGCGACUAUUAACGUAGUGCUUCCUCCAGGAUCACCAUUUUAUGUAUGUGCAAAACAACCAAUAGACAAUCUGAAGAAAGAUGUAGUCCUGUUUAAACACCAAGGUACUGCGCUGUAUAACACUAUUCGCACAUAUGAGAAAUUGUUACCUCUCUGGGUCACUAUCUUGAUCAUUCUCGUUUGUCUCAGUCUUUCUGCGCUUUUCUCUGGUCUAAAUCUGGGUUUGAUGGCAAUGGAUAGGACUGAAUUGAAAAUUCUUUGCAACACCGGCACGGAAAAGGAAAAACAAUACGCGAGAACUAUUCAGCCAGUAAGAAAUCACGGAAAUUAUCUGUUGUGUUCAAUCUUGUUCUCUAAUGUUCUUGUCAAUUCGGUAUUCACGAUAUUAUUGGAUGACCUGACAUCCGGUCUAGUCGCCGUUAUCUGCUCAACAUUAGCUAUCGUCAUCUUCGGCGAAAUUUCGCCACAGGCUAUCUGUAGCAGGCACGGAUUAUGCGUUGGUGCAAAAACCAUCUUUCUGACCAAGUUGACAAUGUUAGUGACUUUCCCGCUAAGUUAUCCAAUCAGCAAAAUUCUAGAUGUUAUUCUCGGCGAAGAAAUAGGAAAUGUCUACAAUCGAGAAAGAUUAAAAGAACUAGUUAAAGUAACGACCGAAUACAACGAUUUAGAGAAAGAUGAAGUAAAUAUAAUUGCAGGAGCGUUAGAACUGCGGAAGAAGACCGUAGCCGACGUAAUGACCAGAAUCGAAGAUGUAUAUAUGUUGAACUAUAAUGCUGUUCUAGACUUUGAAACUGUAUCCGAGAUUAUGAAGUCAGGAUUUUCUCGCAUACCAGUGUAUGAAAAUGUGAGGACAAAUAUAGUGACAAUGUUGUAUAUCAAGGAUCUCGCAUUUGUCGAUCCCGAUGAUAAUAUGCCGCUCAAGACACUUUGCCAAUUUUAUCAAAAUCCAUGUAAUUUUAUCUUUGAAGAUGUCAGAUUGGAUAUAAUGUUUAAGCAAUUCAAAGAAGGUCACAAGGGUCACAUGGCUUUUGUACAAAGAGUUAACAACGAAGGUGAAGGUGAUCCGUUUUACGAGGUGAUUGGUUUGGUUACGUUGGAAGAUGUUAUCGAAGAAUUAAUUCAGGCUGAGAUUAUUGAUGAGACAGAUGUAUUUAUGGAUAACAGAAGUAAACGCAAGCGACAGGUUCGUUCGAAAAUGCCAAAGGACUUUACGAUAUUUGCAGAGAAAAAGGAGAACCAACGGAUUCACAUCUCUCCGCAAUUGACGUUGGCGAUGUAUCAGUACUUGUCCACAACUGUAGACACGUUUAAACCAGAUGUUAUAUCGGAGACAAUCUUACGACGUUUACUGAAACAGGACAUUAUUUAUCAUAUUAAAGUGAAGUCGCGAGAGAAAGCCAAAACCGACCCAGCCGCGAUAAUCUAUCAGCAGGGGAAAGCGGUCGACUACUUUGUGUUGAUUCUAGAAGGUCGUGUCGAGGUAACAGUAGGCAAAGAGAACAUGAUGUUCGAGAGCGGCCCGUUCACAUACUUUGGCUCUCAAGCACUCACUGCUAACAUUGGAAUCGCCGAGUCGCCUACGAAUGCAAAUCCGCAGACAGUCGGAAGCAUUCAGUCCGUUAAUUUAGAUUCCAUGUUGCGCCAUACCUUCAUACCGGACUACACCGUACGCGCGGUUACCGAAGUGUUCUACGUGAAGGUUAAGAGAUCUUUGUAUCUUGCGGCAAAACGCGCUACACUUUUGGAGAAAAGCCAAAAGGACCCAUUGCCUAGUCAAGAACAAUUCGACGACGAGGUGGAAAAGUUGCUACAUUCGCUAGAAGAGGACGAUCGUAGUGUACCUGAGUCGCCAAUAUUGCCUUCGGACAAGGGUACGGAAAAUGAGAAGAAGGAAAUCGGCCAUUCGCCUGUGCGCAGCGUAACGGCACCGACGUCGCCGCUUCCAGCCAGCGUCAGCCCGGUUUCUAACUCGAAGUUCGUUUCACCGCGGAACGACGGGAAAGCGAAGAGCUUGUCAGCGAAGGUACAAACAAGUCCCGUGGAUAUUCAGAACAAACUCGACUUAGACUCGGAGACUCUGGAACGACAUUCAGAAGCGGCGAGAUUGUUGUCCAUCAAGAGGGCGAGCGAAGACGAGGAGAGAACAAAUCUCUUGCCUACCAAACAAGAUCAUUCUUAACACAUGCAGAACGGCCGACGACACUCUGUGCUUCCGUCGGUGAAAUCCACAUUGAAAGCAACAUCGAGCAACACAGAGCGGAAGAUGCUGGCAUGACAUAUUUUGCUACUGUGGCACUAGGUAGUACUUGACGAAUUAUUUUAGAUAUUUAUCGCGCCGCGAGGAGCGCACGUGAAAAACCAUUGAUAAGAGCCCCGAUACUUCGUAUUUUUAGCGAUUAUUGGCUUAGAGGCUGUACCCGACCUCGGCUUGUUUUUUUUUCUUGUAGUCUAAUCGCUUUAAAAAUACCUUAAAAAUUAUCUCUUCUGUAGCUCGCGCGGAAGAGAAGACUCCAAUGUGUAGAGUCAGCUAGCUCUAUAUUGUAAAUUUAUAUUAUGUAUAAAUAUAAAUAUAUAUGUAUAUAUAUAUUUAUAUACAUAUAUAUAUAAAUUAUAUGUAUAUAUUUAUAUACCACAUAUUAUAAAUCUAUUAUAACUAAUUAUUAUAAUUAUCAACAAUUAACAGAUAUUAAUAACAUUUAUAAUAGAUAGUAACCGAUAAGAUCAAGAGUUAUAUUCAUGACUACAAACUCUCUCUUUGCUUGUUCAAUUAUAAACAAAAGCUUGUAAGAAUUGCUUUAGUAACACGUGUCAGUUCUCUUUGAAAGUCUGUUUCUUGUAGUUCUCUCGUCUUACGGUUGCGAAUCUAUUGAUAUCUUCUGCCAUAACUUCUCCAAGUACGGUUUCUAGAUUUUCGUAUAGUGCAUAAUGUGUCCAUUUUCUAUUUAUAACAUCAUGCCACAAUCGUAUCCAUACGCAGCACGAACGGGUACAGUUUUUAGCUAAUUACAAAAUAAUGCCUCGACAUUAUCCUAAAUAUAUUUUAGUAUAGAAAUUUGUUAACGUACGAAAAAACAAACGUAUGAGAUCAGUCAUGCGAUCGAACAACUAUGGUAUAUAUUAGAACGCAGUACAAAUGAACGAGAGGAGGAGAAAGAGAGAGUGACUGAGAGAGAGAAAGAGAGAGAGAAAUUUAUGAACGAUCCAGUUUACAUCAUUUGAUACGAUUAUGUUUCUCAAAUCGAGCGAAUAGUUCAUUUGUUUGCGAUUUUUACAUUGCACGCAUGGAUGAAAAUGUAUAAAUAUUGUAUACUCGAUUCUGCGGAUACUUUGCUACUAUUCAUUAAAUCGACAGUUACUAAAUAUUCUCGCAUCAACCGCAUCAGUUUUUAACUGUGCGUUUCUUAAAACUUGAUUAAUCUUGAAAGCAAAAAUGAUAUUUUUUGCUAGUUUUAUGUUUCGUGCACUUCAAUAAAAAGAGUUAUCCAUUUAGAUGUAAUGCACAAUCAGUAGUCGUUAAUUAAUUAUUUCUAUUAAUUUUACAUAUUAAAUUCUUAUUUUUCUUAACAUAUCUGUACUCUUGCUAAAUGCGCAUACGAAACAUGUUGGAACGUUAGUUCAACUCUGAAUGUUACUCCAUAUUCCCGCUUUCUCGAUUAUUUAACAGUUAUAAAAAAACAUGGGUGUAGUUGAUUGCGGUUGAUAAAAUUUUUUUUUUUUAGUAACUAUAGAUUUUCUGAAUAAUAAGAUAUCUGCGAUAUUGAGUGCAUGUUAGAUCAACGGCCCAGUGAGCGGUCAAGAAGGCUUGAUACAUAAUCGACAUGAUUACCUGUAUUUAUUACGUGGAGUUUUGUGUGUGCCUUAUAAGAAAUCCUCUAUAUAAGUGCUUUAUUAGAAAAAAUAUUCCUUUCUCCUUUUCUUUAUCUUAAAGGGAUUGAGUAUCGUCAGCGUGUGUGCAUUGAAUAUUUACAUUCCUGUCAUAACCGGAGCAAUCAUGUUACGACACGCUCCUCCAUUACUUUCCUGCAUUCAUUAUUUUAACACGAGUUCGAGUGACGAGAGGAGCAUACCAUUCUUUUCGCAAUAUCACUAAGAUUAAGAAACGGAGCGGGAUCCUAUUCUUUUACGAUGAUUUACGCUUGUUUUCUCCUUAGCGACAAUUUAAUCGAGUCAUUUCGAUCGACACAAGUCACGUAAUAUCGAUAUAUUAUAAUUAAGCAUAAUCGAACGGAUCACACGGAUAGAGUAUGUAUCACGCGGACACGAAUAGGAGGGAAAUUAGUUUUUUUCAUUUUAGUGAACCCAGUGAACUUAAUAUAUAUGAGGUAUCGUAUAAUUAAUAUUAUACGAGGUACUUAAUUGUAUGGCUGAAUCGUGAGUUGUAAUAUUUCAUCUAAAAAUAAUAUUUUCCGACGAGCGAAGAUAAAAGAUUAAAUUUUUGCUAAAGAAGAGAAUUGUAAAUUAUUUUAAGAAGAAUAGUUUUCUAGCGGAGUGUACUUUUUUAGAGACAUUUGAGAUCUAAGAUAUAUAUGUACAGGGUGUCCGACAAUUCAUAACACAUUAUGUGCAGAUAGUGCCCGUCAAACUGAAUACAAAAAAAUUCUUUUACCAUUUCGCAAACAACGUAAAAUUGUGAACUGUUGAUUAAAGAAGAUCGGUAAAUGAUCACGCGCGAUAUAAUCGAUGAGCUGUGUGACGUUUGCCUUGUAUAUUAGAUUAAACUAAACAAUCCUCUACUAUUUUACAAAUAACCAUGUAGAUUUUUAGUUAUCAAUUAAAGAAGUUCAUUAUAAUCAUGCGAUUUUCUUUAAAUAAUAAAAAAAUAAAAUCAAUGUUAUUCGUAAAAUUUUGUUCAAUACGUAUUUCCGUAUUUUCGUUUUGUUCGUAUUUUCAACGUUAUUCGUAAAAUUUUUAGUUUAAUCUAAUCUAUAAGCAAAUGUCGCCAUCGUAGCUUAUCUAUCGUAAUCAUUGCGCAAUCAUUUACCAAUCUUCUUUGAUCAAUAAGAAUAAUUUCUUUGAUAAAAUCCUAAUUUUAUGUGAUAUUUUAUGUGACAUUUUAUGUGUUUGCAAAAUGGUGGAGUAAUUUGGAAAUUGGCUUGAUAAGUUCUGCCUGUGCACACAACGGAUGUGUCAUGAAUUGUCGAACAUCCCAUAUAUAUAUGAAACUCGCCUUCUCUAUACGAUUUUUCGUGCCAUAUGUCCAGCAGCUUCGCGUUAGAAACUUGAUGGCUUGAGAUCCCGUGCCAUCUGCGCCAUGAAACCCCUGGUUACACGAUGUUGUAGGCACGAUAAAUAACAUUGUUAAUAUUUGUUCACACCGGAGUCUAAUUUUCUCCGCUGUUGUUCUCAUUUUAUGUAAUACAUUGAGAAUAUACUUAAACGCGAUAUAUACUUAUACGUUAAGUACGACAGAGCGACUUGAAACACCGUAAAUAUUGUCGGCAUAAAGCGUUUCCAUCAAAAAGCAGAUCUUUCUGCUCGUACGUGCUAAUAAGGUGAUUCCAUCACUAAGCUAUAGGCCUGACGAUACGCCACGGAUAUAAUCGAAAUAUAAAUGAAGAAAGGUCGACUUUGAAACGUCGUCUCUAUGCGCAAUCUAUAUCCGUUGCUCGCGAAUCACCUCUACGUUAAAGGAAACACACUUAAAACGAAACUUAAUAAUUUUAUUUGGAACUUUGUAGAGAAGUAUCAAGUUAAAACAUGCGGCUACCUGACAUUAUUCUCGUAGAAUGUAUCGUCGAUCGAAGUACUUAUCAAAACAGAAAAGAAAAAAAAAGGAUCAAUAAGAAAAGAACUGCGAUGAAUAUUAUUGAUAUUUUGUACUAUCUAUAAAUAGACAUUACACACGUAAAGAAAGAAGGAAAAAACACAUUAUAUUCAAAACGCGCGCGAAGUGCAUCCCCGUCGCGGCGGGGGAUGAUAGAUUUAGGUAUAUUACACAAUAAACUGUUACAUCAAAUAGAUCAAGUUAUAUACAGCGUGAAAGAUAUAAACGUGACGUUUUUUACAGAGAUGAUUUAUAUAGUGUACAUAAUACAGUGAAAAAGUAGAAUGUAAAAAGAGAUAAUCGUAUUACAUGUUAUAUUCUUCA